AUGCAUACAUCAUGGAGCCAAAUACGGAAAAAGUGGAAGGACGUCUCCGGACCCUUCAACCAGUCGCUCAGUUUCGGAUGGGAAACGGACGGUCUACGUGGCCAUAUUUACACCGACCAGGCCAACUCAACGGUUGUUAUUGCCCUUAAGGGGACCUCUGCUGCCUUAUUUGACGGUGAAGAAACCACAACCAAUGACAAAAUCAAUGAUAAUUUAUUUUUCAGCUGUUGUUGCGGCCAGGGAGGGCAGUAUUUCUGGCGUCAGGUUUGCGACUGUUACUCAUCCACAUAUACCUGCAAUUCAACUUGUCUGGUUUCCGCCCUUGUUAACGAGAAUCGUUACUAUCGGGCUUCCCUCGACCUGUAUGCCAAUGUGACGGAAAUCUACCCCAAUUCAACCAUAUGGCUCGCUGGCCAUUCCCUUGGAGGUGCGGUAUCGAGUCUCUUAGGUUUAACCUACGGGCUGCCGGUUGUAACGUUCGAGGGAGUUCCCGAAGCGUUGCCCGCUUCUCGGCUGGGUCUUCCAGUCCCUCCAGGAACUGAUCCUGCUACCCCUCAGAUGCGCAAAUAUACCGGUGCUUACCACUUUGGCCAUACUGCCGAUCCAGUAUACAUGGGCAGCUGUAACGGAGCAACUUCCUUUUGUACCCUGGCGGGAUACGCCAUGGAAUCAGCCUGCCAUACUGGGCAGAGAUGUGUAUAUGACACGGUUGAAGAUCUAGGGUGGCGUGUGGGCAUCGGAACACACAGAAUUCUUAACGUGAUUAACGACGUCAUUGAGAAAUAUGAUACCGUGCCAAUCUGUGCUCCGGAUACAGCCUGUCGCGACUGUUCCUUAUGGAAAUUUUUCAAGGACAAUGGCUCACAUCCGACUUCAUCCAGCAGUUCAACGACGACGCCAAUACGAACGCGGACAUCAACUUGCCAAACACCUGGGUGGUGGGGAUGUCUUGAUAAAACGACAACAACGACUCCUACCUUGACUACAGAUACGUCAACGACCACCACUACCACCAGCACUUGCAAAACACCAGGAUGGUUCGGCUGUAAAGACCCCACAACCACGUCUUCCAAUCCUUCGGCCACACCUACUCCAACUGCAACCAUCACCUCCGCCCCAAGCACGUCUGCUUCAGGAACCACGACUUGUCAAAGUCCCGGGUGGUUUGGCGGGUGCAAUGAUCCUCCUUCUACUGCAACAACUUCAACAAGAUCCUCCAAUUCUUCAAGAGAAGCCACCUGCACCGACCCUGGCUUCUUUUGGGGCUGUUGGCACACCAUUACAUCAUCUUCAACUACAGCCCAGGCAAGUUCUGCUUCGUAUUCGCCGCUAACGAAAGCUUAG